UGGGAAUGUUGAGAAAUGAAGACUGUGGCAAUAGGAUUGUUACCAUCCUGUUCCUAAUGUGGAAAUAGCAGAAAGGAGAAGUUGUGGAGAACAGAAGUGCGAGGAGUGAGAUCUCAUCUACAGAACAUCUAUAAAUGAAUACACAGAAAAGAAAUUAGAAGUUCUUUGAAAUAUCAAGAUAAUGCACAAUAAGGACAGUAUCAUGGGGGUCAGUCUCAUGGUUUUCUUGUUUUUCUUCUGCAAAGGUAUCACAGGCCAGGUAAUGCGCUAUACUAUUGAUGUGGCUUCCAGUGUCAGAGUACAGGAGGGUCUUUGCGUCACGAUUCCUUGUAACUUCACAGCUGACGGUAGAAAUACAUUCAGUAAUUCCUCUGGAUACUGGAAACAUCUCAAUUCAUUUUCUACUGUAGCCACUAAUGAUAAAUCCAGUGCUGGGCGAAAACCAAACUUCCGUCUGAGGGGAAAUCCAGAUUCUGGAGACUGCACCCUGACCAUAACUGAUGCCAGGAGAGAAGAUAUGGGGGUAUAUUUCUUCAGAUUUGAAGAUUACAAAGCCGGAGGAGUGAGAUUUAGUUAUAUCACUAAAGUAACCAACAUUUCUGUGACUGAUCUCACAGAAGAACCGGUUAUCUCAGAUCUUGGGAAAGUGAUUGCAGAUAAAAAUAAGACAAUGACUUGCACUCCUCCUGGAAACUGCACUGCAACAUCAUUAGUUUUCCAGUGGAAGAAGAGUAAUGUGGCUGGUAUCUGGAAGAAUUCAUCUACAAUUACAUUUACCCCAUCUAUAGAUGAUCACCAGGGAACUAUCACAUGUCAGAUGACAAAUUCCAAGGGGAAGACAACUCAAAAAAUCGUUCUUCUUGAUGUGUAUUCUGAAUCCAUCGCAUUUAAAGAGGAAACCAACGUGUGUAUUACUAGAACCAUGGAUUCCACCAUCAUUAUUGGGAUGGUUUUUGGUAAUAUUGCCGCCCUCGUCCUCAUUAAUGUGGGAUCCUAUUUCUUUCUGAAGAGACGCAUGGAAAAGCAACAAUUAGGAAAAAUAAUUACUGACCCCGGGAAACAAGGGACAGAAUCCACAUAUCAGGAAUUAAAAAGACGGGACAAUGACGUCUACUACAACUUGAAAGCACAAUAAUCUAAUAAAUGACCUCCAUUAUUUCAUUUUCUAAUGCUCCAAUAGCCUCCACAUAGGCUUCAGACUGGGUACAGAGAUUGUCAACUUUCAGAUCUCUCCCUAAUGGAGCUCACAAUCUAAUUGUCCUACUGACACCCACUGGGGAACAUUUAUAGGAAGGUAAUAUCUUAUCACUGUUUUUGGAGUGACCGUCCAAAGCUCAUGAAGAACCCAGAACCUAAUGACUGAAAGACAACAUUACUAACCAGAGAACCGGCGUGGUGCCUGUGAUAAACACGUUCAUAUCAUCUGAUGUAACCUUGGACCAUCUCAACCAGUGAUCUCCAACCCAUUGCUUCACAUCUAUGGUAGGAGUCUAACUACAAGCAUUCCUUUAAAGCCAUAGAAUAACAAAGGAUGUUGGAAACUGGAGUUUCACAACAGCUUGAGGACCAUGGGUUGAAAAUCAUAAAGGAACUUCUGCUACUAUUUCCUGUUGCCGUGUAUUUUUAGAUAUUGCUUGGCAAUUGGUUAUGAAUUUGUUACUGUCGCGCAAACUGCAUGGAUCCCUUCGUGUCAUUUUGUACAGUAAUUGUGGAGAAGUAUAAAGCUCAAUCCAUUACACUCACUUUAUUUGUCUCAUGACUUAUCCAUAAAGUUCUAUACUUUUGAAUUUCAUAUAACACUAGCAGGACCUCCCUGGCUGUUUUCAGAACUACCAUAUAACUGAAUAAAGAGAAGCACCUUCAAGCUGAACCUCCACAGCAUGGAAAACAUGAAUUAAUUUUGUGGUAUCUGGCUGGAAUCUUAGGUUUUUGACAUGGAAAACAAUCUACACCCAACAUUCUCCAAUGGGAAAAUCUCCAAUAUGUUAGCAGCCCCCCAAUUCACAACCAGAUGCUCUCAUAGUCAAGACCAGGGAUGCUCAACCUGUGGCCCUCCAGCUGUUGUGAAACUACAACUCCAUGAUACCCUUCUGUAGGAUGAUAGUUGUAGUCUCUCAGGGAAUGAUGGGAGUUAUAGUUUUGCAACAGCUGGAGGGCCGCAAGUUGAGCUUGCCUGAUCAAGACAAUGGUUUUAAAGAGGAGCUGUCUCUUCUCCUGACAUGUCUGUUUUACUACUUGGAUUCCCAAUGUAACAACAAUUCUGGAGCGUUUGUUCUUAUGACUCUGUAUUGUUCUAAAAGUUAUGAAUGAAUUACUAGCAGUCUGCAAUAAAGGGCAUCCUGGAUGUUACCCGUUUGGGGUGUAUCUGAUACUGGUAGCACUGAUUGGGCCAUUUCAGAUUGUGCCGGGACAUCCCCCAACCGGUAACACCCUGAUGGACAUUUAUUGCAGACUGCUAGACUGCUAGACUGCUAGACUUCAUUCAUAACUUCUAGCAGGAAUAAUAAAGGAAUGGCACAACAAAGAAUGAUAAAAAUAGAUGCCACAGAUUUGGAUUACAUGGGGAAUGCAAUUACCUACUAAAACAGACAUGUCAGGAGGUGCUUCAAUCAUUCUGAAAAGCAAAAGCUGGGGAUAAGAUCCUGGAGCUCUCGAUAAUCUCUAGUACUCUUGAAGACAUUAGAAAAAUGGUGCAUCACUCCAUUUCAAUUAGACAAAAUUGACAACUCUUGUAUGUAAUAUGCAGAUCUGGGCACAAGUCCAUAGAAAGGAUGCCCUGGAGCUGAAGAGAGUACAGAGAGAGUGACUAAACUGAUAAGGGGCAUGGAGGGUCUUAGUUACGAAGAAAGAUUAGAAUUACAUUUUAGUCUUGAGAAGAGAUGUCUAAGGAGGGGCAGGGGAACAUGAUAACCUAUACAAAAAUAUAAAUGUGCCAUAAAAAAAUAUGGUGAAAAACU